CAGCCACACGCCUCCCAAUGCACGGUGAUGAUGAAAUAGGAACAUCAAUGUCGCCUUAACACGUUCUACACGCGGCACAGUGACGAAUGUAAACAGACGUCACCUCCCGAAGGUUAUCGGACGGAAAAGAAUUGAAUGUCUUUGAAUGCCGCUUUGAGAUGAUUCGAGGUGCUCACUAUCCGGCCAUUGCUCUCAUCACACUUGUACUUUUCCAUCCAAUUGCGUUCAACGCUGUUUUUGUAGUCUACCAUUUCCCCUAUCAAACCCACGAUCGCGUCCUUUGGAAGCCUUCGACGCAUCAUCAGGACUUCGAUGUCAUGGAGCACAUUAGAAAGAGAUCUGUGGUACAUUCUCACUCAUCGAAAAAUGUCACAUCCCACAGACCAAGUAAUGGAGACCAGACUCGUCCUCUCGAUAAAUCCACAUCACCAACCCAUCAACCCAUCCAACGACACCAAAUGGAAGCACUAUCAUCAAUUCCGCCAGUUCGAAACCCAAAUCAUUCCAAUUCACCAUCCGUCGUCUCGCAAAGCAAUACCCAGCCAUCCUCACACAACCUAUCCCAAGAUCUACAAUCCCUAACCCUAUCCCCCUCCUCAUCCUCAACUUCCACAGACCCCUACAACGAAUCCAUAGCCGACCGCAACAUCCGCCAAUUCGGAAGCAGCAGCAACAGCACGACAUCCCUCCACCCCACCACUUCCGCCACCAACAACGAUGGCGAGGCAGCAUCUUCACCACCCCGGACGUCGUCCUCGCGCUUAUCCAACGGCGGAGAUCUUCUCAGCGAAGCGGACAAGUUCGAACAUGGCAAUAAACACCGAAGAGACGACUCUGGCUUCUACGAUGUCUCCACGAGCCAACAUCCUCAGCACCCCACAACCUCCACCCCAACGCCACCCAAUCUCAACGGCAUCCUCGACCUAACAAACACAACCGACACAGAUAAAACCACAACAUGGGCACCAGCAGUACACCACACAACCCACACAACGCACCUCACGCACGUCCGCCACGACCUCAUCACCCGCGACAUCCACACCCACGAAGUGCACCACCGCGUACAGCCCGUCAUCGCUGUCCCUGAAAUCCUCCCCGCGCGACAUUUCGUUCCCUCCACCACUGCGAAAGGUGAGCUGGUGGAGGUGGAUGCGCGCGACGUCCCCGAAGAGUGGGAGCAACGCUGGGGCGUUGAUGCGCUUCGUUCGAAACUUCUGCCACCACCGGCGCGGGAUGGGGAUUGUGAUCGGGGAGGCGAAAGCCGGGGAGAAGAGGAGGAGGAAAAGGGAGGAUGGGGAUGGGAGAAUGACACGCCGGUGCCGUUGAGGAGGCGGUUUGAGGUGCCGAGGGUGGUGGGGGAUGUUAGGUAUGUGACUGAGGGGGGUUUCGAGAGGAGGGUGACGACGUAUUUGCAUCCGCCGACGCUUGAGGACGGGGGGAAUGGGGACGGGGAGGUUUUGCCUGUGCAUUUUGGCGAGGGGGGUGUUGUUGUGGUUGGGGAGGUUGGGAGGAGGAGGAGGUGUUGUGUUGGUGACGGUGAAGGUGAUGGGGUGAGGGGUGGGACGGUGAUACCGAGUGAGUUGGUGCCGGAGAGGCGGAGUUCGAAAAGAUGUGGUGUGGGUGCGAGUGGGAGAGAGGGAGAGGAUGGGAGACAGAGAGGGGUGGAAGUGGGGAGGAAGAAGCUGCCGUCUAUGCUCGAUGUGUAGAGGGACAUACACUUGGUGCUUCGUGGUCCCUCUUCCAAUUGCGUCUUUGCAUACAUAACAGCCAUAGCGAGUUAGCAUAGAUACAUUCAAAAUGGUCAAGAUGGGCCUUUGUCAGUCAUUCGGGUGUGUGUGCGGCAUACGUCUUUCGUUGCAUCCCCUUUGU